AUGAAAUGGGGACCAACAAUGCUCAAAACGAGGAAAUUCAUCUUUCUCGGACUCUUUCAGAUGGUCUUGGCCGAAGAAGUAAAAUUGCUGAUGAAAGGAGCGCAAACCCAUCAUGAUGAUGAAUAUUUAACGACUCGUAUCCCCGUCGAUAUUGCAUUCGACAUCGAUCUCGACGAAGAAAUCUUCGUUAACAAGAUCAGCGUCCAAACAGAUGGCAAAGUGCAUCACAUCAUCGUCAAGGGCUGUGCCGAUGUGAUUGACCAAAUUCAACCGGCGACGAGUACUUUUAGCGUCUUUUGCGAAGAUCCGAAAAUUCUCUUUUCCUGGGCGCUUGAUGCAGGCCCUCUUCUUCUACCAGCAGAUUCUUCCAUCCGCUUAGGAGGUCAAUCAAACGUCCAUUCCAUCAACAUAGAAGCUCACUACAAAGACAAGUUCGAAGGAAUCGACGAAUUCACCGGUCUCGUCGUUGAAACAUCGAAAGAACCGCCAAAGAAGCUCAUUGGAAUCUAUCUUCUGGGAAGUUCUUACUUUUCCUUGCCAGUUGGAAAACAAACGAAUGUCGAUAUUGAGUGCGAAUAUGACUUUGAAGAAACUAUAGAGGUUUUUGCUUUCAGAACGCAUGCUCAUAGCAAUGGGCAAGUCAUAACUGGAUACAGAUAUCGCGAGCCAGAAGGUUGGCACAUGAUCGGAAAGGGCAAUCCUCAGUGGCCUCAUGCUUUCUACUCCCGCGUUGGCGGCUCUAUUGAGCUUCAAAAGGGCGAUCUUGUCCAUGCAACCUGUACGUUUUUCAACAAGAACGAUUUCGAAGUCUUCAUUGGAAAAGACCGCGACAAUGAAAUGUGCAAUUUGUACUUGAUGUACGCGGUUCCGUAUCAUCCCGGAGCGCUCAACACGCCCUCUUGUUGGACGAUGAAUCUGCCUACUCCCGACGAUAUUCCUGAUGAUUUGACGAUGAUGACGCCUUAUCCAGGGUAUGCAGGGGAGGACUCGAUAAAGGCAAUCGCGGCGGGGGUUAAACAACCAGCUGUGCCGAUGGAAAUGAAAAUGCAUCAUCAUGGAGGAGGAGAUGAUGAAGAAGACGAUCAUGGCGAUCAUCAUGAGGCUGACGAGGAUCAUCACUCUGAAGACCCCGACGAUGCAGAUGAAAAAAAAAAGAUCUCGAAUCCAUCAAAGCUCCCAUCGAUCAUCUUCAGCAUCUCCCUCACUCUGCUUCCCUUCUUUCAAUCGACUACAACCCCGAUUGGAAAGUCAACUUUUCCGAUCUCGGAGAAGUGGCUGGCAUCGACACGGACGAGCACGGAUAUCUUUGGAAAGCCGACAAGUAUCGCUUGUAUUCUGAAAGUUGAUUCAAAAAGCGGAAAUGUCGUCCAACAGUUCGGAGAGGAUACGUUUUACAUGCCGCAUGGAAUUACAGUCACAAAGGAUCAUGUUUGGCUAACAGACGUCGGAACGCACAUGAUUUACAAAUUUUCGAAAGACGGUGUGUUGCUGAAAACGCUUGGAAAAGACAAAGAACCGGGGCACGAAGAUUACAAGUUCUGCAAACCAGCCGAUGUAGCAGUCGAUCAGAGCACUGGAGAAUUCUACAUCGCGGAUGGUUACUGUAACUCAAGAAUCGCUCACUACUCCUCCGACUUCCAGUUCAUCGCAGAAUACGGCAAGGAAAGCCCCCGGCGCGGACCAAAGGGGGCCGGUUUCUUCCACAUUGUCCACGAUAUCUCUAUCGGUCCCGGCUCAGAUCUGUUCAUUUCUGACCGGGAAAAUGGGCGAGUCCAGGUUUUCGAUCGCAAUACGAAGCAGUUUGUCAAGAUGUUUCAAAACGAUCGAAUCGGGGAUGCAAUUUACGCGUCUGUCUGGAGUCCUCACCUCGCUAGCUUGUUCCUCAUCAAUAACUGGCCUCAGUACACUGGCAAAGAUCAAAAAGGAUUCUCGCUAUUCGCCAAUGGAACGUUGGAAAAGGCAUAUGUGCCGGAAAAGCCGCUAGAAACAGCGCACGAUAUCACGCUUUCCAAAGACGGCAGCUGCUUGUUCAUCGCCGAACUGCGACCUCAUAAAGUGCACAUGUUUCAUCUCAAUACGAAAAAGCAGGAACAGCACAUGUUUGCAAGAAUAGCGAGUGAAAAAGUGAUGGCGGUUGUCAAAGACAAGCCGGAAGCCUUUUCAGGCAUAUUUAUUAUCUGCUCAAUAUUCUCGACAAGAGAGUCUUCGUCUACCGACCUCUUCUUCAAAACGAUGGCGAAAGCGACGAAGAAGAAGAAUUUUCGAUAUUCGAACGAAAGAACGUCGCCUAAUGUUCCUACAUGCUACAAUUACACAUCUUCAUUCUUCUGCAGAGAUCGUACACGAACUUUAGUAGCGUAUUUCAAAAGCGAUUCGACUUCUAUGUAUAUUCUUCUCCUCAAGUGGAUUGGCAUCUUUUACUUCUCGAUAUGCUUAAUCGCGUUUUUAUUCAAUCUAUGGCUGAGAAAUAGCGUCACUUUUACAAAACAAGAAGCGGCAAAUCUCCGAGAGAAGAAAUUCCUCAUCAUUGGGGCGGGUUUCUCCGGUCUAGCAGUCGGAUACUUCUUCAAGAAGUUCAAGCUGGACUUUCUUAUCGUCGACAGAGCUGAAGAAAUCGGCGGAACAUGGUUUUUAAAUCGCUAUCCUGGCGCCGCGGUGGAUGUUCCUUCGUUUCUCUAUCAAUAUUCUUUCUUUACGAAAAAGGACUGGCCGGAAAGCUACAAUUGCAGCUCAGAGCUGUUUCGAUAUUUGAAGAGUUUUGUGAGAUGGGCUUGUUUGGAAGAAAACAUUAGAUUGAACAUUUCCGUGGAAAAUUGUCGCUGGAAUGGGGAACGAAAAUUGUGGGAAGUGGAAUUCUCAAAAGAGGGGAAAUCAAGUGUGGAGUAUUUUGACUGGACGAUUGUUUGUACUGGGAGCUUCAACGAGCCAAACAAGCCGAAGUUCAAAGAUCAAGGCGAUUUCGCUGGAAGAAUUGUGCAUACUGGCGAGUGGCCAAAAGAUCUCAAUGUAACUGGGAAACGAGUGGCUGUUAUUGGCUCUGGCUCUUCUGCUUCACAAACUGUUCCGGGUCUGCUAGACGCAGGGGCGCUAGAAGUGACGCAAUUUCAAAGAACUGCUGGCUUCGUUCUCCCUCGAUGGCUGCAAUUCACAAUUCCGUCUUCCCUUCAUUUUCUUAUGAAGAUUUACCCCUUUGACUUUCUUCUACGCGGCUUUUUCUGGAGCUUUCAAGAAGUUCUCUUCCUCGCAUUUGAUUUUCACGGGAGUUUUUGGAAUAGAGGAGUGGCGAAUUUGGCGCAUUGGCACAGAACUUCGACGAUAAAAGACCCUGUCUUGAGGGAGAAGCUCAAGCCGGCGGAGGGCAUGAGAUUUGGAUGCAAAAGAGCUAUUCUCUCAACAGCGAUUUACGAAGCGGCAAAUGAUCCUCGUUACUCCCUUUUCUCGUCGAAAAUCGCCAAGUUCACUUCUUCUGGAAUCGUUACUGAAGAAAAUGAAGAAAUUUCUGCUGAUAUCAUCGUUUUGGCGACUGGUUUCAAAGUCCACUACUACCCCUUCCUAAAGUGGCUGGACUCGAAAUCGCCUAGGAGCUUUUAUGGAACAUUUGAUACAGAAAAACCGAACUUGGUGUACUUGCUUGGCCCGAUGACACUUCUUGGUAACUCGUCGGUCAUCAUCAUGAUAGAGGCGCAGAUAGAACUACUUCUACGAGUAUUGAAAAAGCAGCCGCAAGGAAAGCUCAAAUUUGUUUGCCGAAAGAAACAAGUGUUCAAACUUGGCUCCAAUCGUGGGAAUCGAGAAUCGACGAGUCCGUCUGGACAAAGAAAUACUGUAACAGUUGGUAUCAAACAGGCAAGGAGGGUCGACCGGAAUCUGUCUGGCCUGGGACGACGAUGGAAUACAUUUUUGCCGGGAAGACUGUUUCUGUUGACAAUUUUCUGUAUGAAUGAAGAAAGACAAGAUGAUUUUUAUUUUAUGCCUUUAUGCUAA